CCUACUCAGGCAGGAGCACAAGGCCCCUGGAGUCGCUUGCACUGGGAGCUUUGGAGCAUCAACGAUAACGAUGACCCCCCUGCUUCUGCUGUGUGUGUCCUUGCCCCUCAUCUCGGGAACGGUACUAUUAGAGCUUGAAAACCAUGACGACAUGGACGGCACCCUGCGUGUCAGCAUCCCCAUGGAGAUGCCUCUGCAUCCUCUGCUGGGCAGCAAGGUAGUGGUACCGUGUUACUUCCAGGACAACACAGUGAAUGACCCCGGGGCCCCGACCGUGGCCCCGCUCUCCCACCGCAUCAAAUGGAGCUACGUCACCAAGAAAAAGGUCACCACGAUCCUGGUGGCGUCUGAGGGAAAAGUCCAGGUGGAGACGGAGUAUCUGGACAGAGUGACGAUGAUCAACUACCCGCUGGUGCCCACGGACGCCACCAUGGAGAUCACAGAGCUGAGGUCCAAGGACUCGGGCACCUACCGCUGCGAGGUGAUGCACGGCAUCGAGGAUAACUACGACUCCGUGGACAUUCAGGUUCAGGGUAUUGUGUUCCACUACCGUGCCAUCACCACCCGCUACACCAUGACAUUCGAGAAGGCGAAGGCUGCCUGCCUCCAGAACAGCGCUACCAUCGCCACCCCCGCCCAGCUGCAGGCUGCUUACGAUGACGGAUACCACCAGUGUGAUGCCGGAUGGCUCUCUGAUCAGACUGUCAGGUAUCCAAUCCGUGAGCCCAGAGAGCAUUGCUUUGGAGACAAGGAGGAGUUCCCAGGUGUGAGAACCUAUGGCGUGAGAGAUGUCAACGAGACCUACGACGUGUACUGUUUUGCUGAGAAGCUUUCAGGCAGGGUCUUCUACUCCAUGUCUGUGGAGAAGUUUAGUUUCUACGAGGCGGGAGAUCAGUGUGCCAAACUGGGCUCUCGGCUCGCCACCACCGGAGAGCUUUACCUGGCCUGGAAGGACGGCAUGGACGUGUGUAACGCCGGCUGGCUGGCAGACAGGAGUGUGCGUUACCCCAUCAACAUCGCCAGGCCUCAGUGUGGAGGGGGGCUCUUGGGAGUGAGAACCGUCUACCUGUUCCCCAACCAGACAGGAUACCCAUACCCAGACUCCCGCUACGAUGCCGUCUGCUUCCAAGCUGGCCAGGAUGCCAAUGCCGUUCCCGUAAGAACCACCCCUUUCCCAGACAUUAUCCAUAUGACAAUCACCCCUGAUGUGCACCCAGACUUCACCAACUCACCGGGUGAAGAGGAAGGCAAGACUGGAGGAUUCGACAUCUUGUUCCCAGUACCCAUCCCGCCAAGUAUGACAGAUGUGGAUACUGCUAUGGCUCCAACAGGUGUGGUGUUCCACUACAGACCCAUCACCGGUCGGUACACCCUGAACUACGCGGAGGCUCAGCAGGCCUGUCAGGGUGUCGGUGCGGUCAUCGCCAGCAGCCAGCAGCUGCAGGCAGCCUUCGAGAAAGGUCUGCACCAAUGUGACGCCGGCUGGCUGCGCGACCAGACUGUCAGGUACCCCAUCGUGUCACCCAGAGAUAACUGUGCUGGUAAUCUGCUUCACAUCCCUGGGGUCAGAUCCUACGGCCUGAGACCAGCAAGUGAACAAUACGAUGUGUUCUGUUAUAUGGACCGUCUGAAAGGUGAGGUCUUCUUCACCAGCGACUACGACAGCUUCUCGUAUGAGGAGGCUGUGCAGCACUGUCAGAAGAUCAACACCACGCUGGCCACCACCGGACAGCUGUUUGCUGCCUGGAACCAGGGGCUCGACAAGUGCCGUCCAGGCUGGUUGUUGGACCGCAGCGUCCGGUUCCCCAUCACAACCCCCAGGUCCAGUUGUGGAGGAGGUCAGGUGGGCGUCCACAUGAUCUACGCCUACCCCAACCAGACAGGAUUCCCUGAUGAGCACUCACGCUACGAUGCCUAUUGUUUCAAAGCUGAAAUUCCAGUGGGUCACGUUGACAAUGAGACCAGUAUUGAUAUCCUGACGGUGGAGGUGAUAAACAAGACCAUAGUCAAAGUGGAUCACUUGGCUCCCACAGUUGAAACAACUGUACUCUACAAUGAAACUGAAACCAGAGUAAACAUUACCGAAAUAGAGGAGCUUAUCAACAAGACAACCAUCACAACUCAACAAGUUGCUCCCACUGUCCCUGAAUUGUCCGGCUCUGGAUCAGCUGAGCAUUCAAUCAGCAGGAAGAUCCCAGAGGGUUCCAGCACCUCUGGGUCCAGCGGUGACGCCUCCGGCUCAGGACAGGUCCUCUUCAGCGGACACCCUGACGUCUUCUCUGGGGGUGAAUCCACCUCUGGAGGUCUGCAGGAGACAGAAGGGGGAAGUGCUGUCUUGGUCACAUCGGGAGAAGUUGGUAGUGGAUCUGGGAGCGGGUUCGACGGAGAGCACUCCGGUUUCAAGGUAUCUGGAUCAGGUUUUACCAGCGGAAGUGGGGACAUUAGUGGUAGCAGUGGAGACUCAAUGAUCAUCAUGGUGGAUGGGAAUAUGAAGGAGGUGUGGCCAACUCACCAAAAAUCCACUGCGCAGGAGUUGGGCCAGGGAGGCAUUGAUGCCAGUGGGGUGGAGUCCAGCUCCUCUGGAUCUGGAAGCAUGUCCGGGUCAGGCUCCGGUGGAAUUUCUGGCGUCUCAUUCAUUGAACACAGCGGCAUUGACCUGACAGUCCAGCAGUCCGGUGAGCAGGAGGUGUCUGGAUAUCAUCCCUUUGGAUCCGGGUUCCACAGCGGCUUUCCAUCUGGUGUCUCAGGCAGCGGCUCUGCCUCCGGAGUCUUUAGCCACCGUCGAGGGGAUGGCAUCUACUUCCCGGGCAAUGAAAUGACGGAGAUAAGCAGGGAAGGAAGUGGGUUUGGGUCAGGGAGACCUCGUGAAUUCACUUUCGACCAUGGUGUCCCUCAUGAAUUCUCAUCUCAGACUACACCCUCUGAGGGCAUUACCAGUACUGACCAAUCAGAACAAGAUAGAGUCACUACAGUCUAUGCAGUGACUCCAGACGCAGCCUACACCAGCCCGACCACAGCACCGUCAGUGUCAUUCAAACCUCCUUCUGAAAUGGAGCAGCCAGAAGUAGUGGAAGACCCCUGUGAUCCAAACCCCUGCGGUUCAGGAUCCUGCUCUGUACAGGCAGAGCUGGCUGUGUGUCAGUGUCCUACUGGUUUCUCUGGGGCAGACUGCUCGACACCUGUGCAGGGCUGUGCAGAGGGCUGGCUGGAGUUCAUGGGCAGCUGUUACCUCCACUUUGCUGAGAGAAACACCUGGUCUGAGGCCGAGCAACGCUGUCAGGAGGUCAACGCCCACCUGGUCAGCAUCGGCUCCCAGAACGAGCAGCAGUUUGUCAACUCCCAUGGCCAGGACUACCAGUGGAUUGGACUGAAUGACAAAGAUGUGCAGAAUCAGUUCCGCUGGACAGACGGCAGUCCUCUUUCUUUUGAGAACUGGAGGCCCAACCAGCCAGAUAACUACUUCAACUCUGAGGAGGACUGCGUGGUGAUGAUCUGGCACGAGGGUGGACAGUGGAACGACGUGCCCUGCAACUACCACCUCCCCUUCACCUGCAAGACUGGACCGGCCAUGUGUGGAUUCCCUCCUGAGGUGGAGCAAGGCCGGCCGAUGGGCAGCAGCAGAGAGCGAUACCCCGUCGACUCUAUAGUCCGCUACCAGUGUGACGCAGGCCACACACAGCGCCACCUGCCGGUCAUUCGCUGCCUGCCAGACGGACAGUGGGAGCAGCCACAAGUGGAAUGUACAGUAGCCGGCUCCAACAGCAACAGGCUACACAAAAGAUCCCUCAGAAGGAGAAGUAAAGGCGUCAGGAGCAGUCAGGAACAGAGGAAGCUGCUCUGAGCAGGAAUAAAAAGGACAUACAACAGAGAGCCACAAAGGACCCCCCACCCCCUCUUGUAAAGAAGCAUGGACACCAAUGCAAAUGCCCGACCAAAAAGAUAACAUUCCCCACCGUGUAUGUACACACACUAAAGCACAUUUAGACAGUGGUAGUGCAAUUGUUUUGGAUCUUUGCGUGUCACCCUGCACCUUCUGAAGGCAGUUUUUAGAGGUAUUUAUACUGUCUGAUUUAUCUAGUAAUUGGAAGCAUUAUCUCAAUGCACAUCGUGACAUUUCCUGCAAUCGUUUGCCAGCACUGCACACAGAGUUAAGGUGGAUGUAAAAGUGACAUAAGAGGUUUUAGAGUGACACACAAAGUCCAAAACAGCCAAUUAAAAUAAGUGUUUUCGAUUGCAGCUGGAUUCUCUGAAGUCAGACACAUAGACUUUUGCUAUAUUUCUAGGGUAUGUUUUUCUAGAUCUGUGUUUGGUAGUCGUUUUUAUUUCUUUUAUUUGAUCUCUAAGGACUACAUGUUCUUCAGACUGGUGAAAUAAUACUGUUUUUUACAUAAUAGGCGAAGAGAGUGACCCAUUAAAAUACAGCCAUACGCUCUUAACAACAUAGAGAACUGUGAAGGAAAAGUUUAUUUUUAUUUGACUUAUCAGAGCCUUGACGCUUACAGCAUUGCAUCAAAUCCCAAAUAUGAGUUCAAAUAAGGGCAUGAGACGAUACAUUGGUAGAUGUAUACGUAUUGAGAGCCCCUGAGCAUCAACACCACCGCAGUAUCAGACGUACUGACAUGAUUGUGCUGUUCCAAUUGAUGAUGAAUAUAGACAUCCAAGCUAAAUACAUAAAUAAAGUCACUGCAACAAACCUGGAUUAAAAUAAUCAGCACUCAUGCACUUUUAGAAGUCUUCAGUCACUUCUGUGCUAAUCAUUUAAAUCCAGUGCACCUUAAACAUAUCUGUAACACACGGCAAGGAAACUGAAUAGAAGUGAGAUCUACAGUAUGACACUGAAUUGGUUGUUUUCGACAAAAGAUCUCCUCCCAGUUUUGCAGAUUUACAUUUGUCAGCACCAUCAGAUUAUCCUUUUUAUGAGAUUCAGUGUUUGCUGAAGGAAGUUUCUCACUGUAAAUACUCUCUCUACAAUUCUCUGAACAGCAGGAUCUGUCAAUGACCUACACAGAGCAGACAAUGUAGUUGUCUAGUUCAUCAUCAAUCCGUUGAUUUGUUAGUUUUAAUAGCUGUUAAAUUGCAGCUAUGAGUUAUUUAUCAAGUGGGAAUGACUUUUGAUUUUGACAAACAGCGUAAGAAGACAAAACCUGAUUUAUGUUUCUAAUAAAGACAUCUUUGUGGAAGUUCUUUGCUGUGUUUCAUGCAGAUCUAUCAGCAGAAAUGUACUUCUUAAAACUUGAGAAAUUACUCAAUUUUAGGGAAAAUAAGCUGUGAAAACAGUAGAAAUUAUAUUAAAAAUGAAAUAAAAAAGAGAGGGUUGAAGUGGAAGUUAUAAAAUGAUGACCAUGACCUUUAAAAGGUCAGGAUUCAAACUCUGAAACAGCAACCACACACAUAAUCACACAGGUAAUCUCAUUGACGCACACACACAGUGGAGUACACACAAUACAAAAUAUGAAAGUAGAGGACUUAGUGUGAAGACGCCACAAAGGUACACCUCGCUGGCUCAAAGUCAAUAAAGUAGAUCCGGAUGCUCCUUGUGUGUGCUGGAUUUUAAUAUCGAUAACGCCACAGAGUGUUUGCUCAAAUUUUGAUAUGAAACUAACAUUUUAGCUUUACAUUGAGGAUAAAAUCAUUGAGUCUGAAUCAGUGUCAAAGACGAGUGAACCAAAAUGUGUGUAACGUGGCACACGGACACGUCUGUUGUGUUCAGAUCCCGAAUCCUGAUGUGAACAUACUGUACUGUGCUGUACCAAAUAAAACUUGGAAUCAUC